AUGACAACCUUGAACUAUCUCCCUCCAGUCAAGCCCUCUGCAAUUGCGGCAGGUGCUAUCUUCACCCACACUGCAUCCCUCGGCAUUCUCGCGCCCGUAUUCGGCGAUACCUAUCACCGCGCCCAAGCAGCCAAUUCGAAGGAGGAGUUCCUUAAAUCUAAGGAGGCUGCUGGUGCAGUAGCAGCCUGGGGUACCUCCUUGGUUGGAAGCUCUGUCCAGACAUACGGAGUAGCAGCUUUGAUCAACGCCACAGGUACUUUGAGCUACAAGGGAGCGGCUUAUCUUGGCAGCUUGAUCUUCAUGGCCAGCGCAGCCCCCGGUGUUGUGAGCCAGGUUUUUGCCGAAAAGAGACCCCUUGACACUGUUGCCGUAGGUGCAGUCAGCAGGUUGUUUGAAACAGUGGGACUUAGUCUCUUCCUUACUUGGUGGGGUACUCGCACGAAUCCAUUUUCCAGCAGCUAUUAA